AUGAACAAGAGUUUAUCAAAGGGAAAUCCUUUAAAACAAUGUAUAAUGUGGGGCAACGACGCGCAGUUUAUUGCUUUUCUUGCUAAAUAUUGGGAUAUCAAUGCAAAGGAUUCGGAUGGCUAUACACCCUUUUAUCAUGCCUGUUUCAUCGGCAAAAUUCCAGCUGCAAGAAUUCUUAUCAACAUGGAUAUCAAAGAAAGCAUAGAAACAAAUGGACUUGGUUGCAUAUGCCGUCUAUGUGAUCCUGAAACAACGAGGAUUGCAUUCGAGAAAUAUGGAUCGAUAUUUAAAGAACAAUUUUACUCGAAAGUUGACAAUGGAUAUCCAAUUAAAUAUUUAAUCAGCGGAGAUGAUGAGGACAAAGUUAUUGAAACUCUCUCAAUUUUAAUUCAAAAUGGUUAUGAUCUAGAUGCAACAGGACAUGAUGACUGCCCAACAGCGUGUGAAGCAGCAUUAUACAUUCCAUUUCCAAGACUUGAAAUUAUGGAAUUCCUCCUUGCCAACAAUGUAAAUAUCGAUACUCCAUUCCAUAAAUCUAAUUCUACUCCGCGUAAAUAUCUGAAAUAUUCAUACAAUCCAAAUAUAACUGAAUUAAGGAAGAAGUAUAACAUACAAUAA